CGCUUCCUCUUCCAUUUUCCCUCAGGACGGCACGGACAACCUUCCGAUGCGGACGGCCGAGUACGUGGCCAGCCACUUCGGCAACAUGUACGACUUCUUCUUCAUCGUGCGCGACAACACGUACGUGCGCGGCUAUCGGCUGAAGGAGUUGGCCGAGGAUCUCAGCGUCAGCACUGAUGUGCUCCUCGGCGCACGCCACCAGGACUCGUGCAGGCUCGACGGCGGUCUGCUGCUCUCCCGUCAGCUGCUGGUGAACACCGAACGAAAGGCCGAGUGUGAGGCCCGUCUCCAGACCUCUGCUCUGACUGGUGAUCAGGCGCUCAUCUCGUGUCUGGAGCUGCUGGGUGGUAUCCGCUGCACCGACCGCGCCCAGGGUAAGUGGUUCGUCUCUCAGGAGGCGCACCUGUACGACCCGUCGGCCGAGGGCGACCUGCCGGGCCUGGUCUCCAUCCAGGCAGUCCACUCUGCCGCCGACCACAACCGACUGCACGCCGCCUUCUCACGGCUGGAGAUCGCCGAGAUUGAUGAACGUAUCGGUCAGCUGCGCCGUGCACUGGAGGAUAACCAGAGGAACCUGCAUGUGCUCAGCAGGGCUAAGGCUGGCGAUGACUCCAAGGAGGAGUCCGGCGAGCCGGAGCCGCUGCCGUGGCCCACGGGCUCCCCGGCCCCGGUCCGCACGGCCAGCCGGCACCACAUUAACAUGUGGGAGCGAUUCUCCGAGACGGAGAUGUUCCUCCGAUCCGAGCAGCAGGUGGUCGACCCGCACACCGAGGUGGACAGACUGGAUAUUCAGGACGUGAUGGAGCUGGGCAUGGCCGAGCUGCGCAAGACAGCGCCCGUACAGCUGGUAAAACUCCGAGCCGGAUACCGACGCUUUGACGGCACCCGCGGAAUGGACUACAUUCUCGACAUGGAGGUGCAGCCCGACUCUGGCGGGGCCACUCAGACGCGCCGUGUCGAGGUGCACCGUCCGAUCCUGAAGGCCGAGCUAGUGCCGAUUCCAUUCGUCACCGAGAAACCCACCGUGUCCAUCCUGCUCUCCGUCCAGCCUCAUCACGUGGACCGCGCCCACACCUUCGUCCAGGAGCUCAUCAACAAGAACGAGAACGUGGCGCUGAUGCUGUUCCUGGUCCCCGGAGAAGCGGACACGUCUCUGUUCGAGCCGCUCAGGAGACUGGUGAAGCAGGCCAACGAGCGGCGCUCGGCGGCGGCGCACAGGUUCGAGGCGGUGGUGUGGCCCCACCGGGAGCCGCCGUCCCAGUUCGAUAUGGUGGAUACGGUGGGGGAACAGACGCGCGGCCGGUGGCAGCAGGCGCUGGUGCUGCUGCUGAGCGAACCCGUCGAGUUCAACUCGGAGCUGCUGAACAGGGCUCGUAUGCAGACGAUCCGCGGCUGGGAGGUGUUCUGCCCCAUCCCGUGGGUGGAAUACUACCCGGCUGUGGGCUACUACGGAACCACCAACCUGCGGCCCGACAAACUGGAACUGCGCAAGGACUACGGACACUUCGACGGCGAACACUAUGCCAUCAUGUCGUUCUAUAUGGAUGACUACAAAAUUGUCCGUGAGCAGACGCUGGACUCUAUUCCGAUGGGAGUUCCGCGGGUCGGAGGCAGCUCCAGCCGCCUGCCGUACGAUCUGUACGGCGCCUUCGUCAAGUUCUCCGGGCUGCACGUGCACCGCGCGGUCGACCCCAGCUUCCGCCUCUUCUAUUUUGAGCGCUCGUGUCCGGCGCCGGCGCUGUACUUUUACCAGAAGGCGUGCGAGAGUUCCCAGAUGCACGGACUGGGUCCGCACGAUAAGCUGUCCCGACUGUUGGCCGACUUCCGCCUGAUGCAGGGUGAAGACUCCCGGCACGUCAACGCCAUCUAGCGAGUGGACGACACUGCCACCUAGCGGCGGGAGAGGCUUCUCCUCUGGGAUGCUGCACAGUGACCAACGCCGCCUCUCACCCUAGCGCUUUGACGGAAUGUUUGAUGAUAUUUCCUCCCAGUAUGACUAUUUGUACUUACCUUGACAUAUGGAGUAAGCCGUUUUUAUAACUAUCCUGCUGACUCCGGUGUGUGCCAAUGAUGACCUGAAAUGUAUUUACCUUUAUUCCUACUCAGCUAUUUAACGUUUUAUUUGUAAAUAUUUUGCGUUCGUCGCAUUCAAUGGUACUGUACUUAUCAUCAAUGUUUGGGUCUUAUGCUCUCCUUCGUAUACAUUUAAUCAUGUUUGAUAAAUCGUGUUUCUCUGAGACUUAAUGAAGUGACCUUUUUAGAUCAAAAUGCUGGGGAUCAUGAUCAAAAGAGUAUAUUAUUUUCUGUAGAUUGCACCUUUAUAUCUCAACAUCUCAUUGUCUACCAACCAAUCUUUCGCCCUGUAAGUACAACUUCCCGUAUACUUUGCUAGUGUCUGCGGCUGUCUCCGCUGUACCUUGCUGUCUAUCUACCAGUUCAACUGACGAUCAAAAUGUGACUGAUGUGCCUUAUGCGUUUUAGCUAUUUAUUUCUUUUACGUGGCUGACAUGGGAUGUUUAUUCCUUCUUAUCAGGUACUGUGUUCCACAUUCGCGAUAUCUAUAGAUGAAUUUAUGCUUACAAUGUCGCGAUAUGUGAACUCUUCCGUUUUAUUUGGCCAAAUAUACUUCCCGGAUCAUUA